UGUCGCUGUGUGUCCGUGUCGUCCGUCCGUCGGUCCGUCUGUCCCCCCCCUCCUCCGUGCCCGUGUCCCGCGGCCCGGCCCGCCCCCGCCCGCCGCUCCCGUCCCGGCCUUUUCUGGGCCGCAUCCAACUUCCCGGCCGGGGCGCGGCGGCGGCGGCGGCGGGCGGGCGGCCGAGCUCCGAUCCCGGCCCGAUCCCGGCCCGAUCCCGGCCCCGGCCCCGCUCCCGGCCCCGGCCCCGGCGGCGGAUGGCGGAUGGCGGCGGGGGCUGCGCGGGGCCCCCCCGGCGCUCAGAGCCCCGGCCCGGCCCGGCCCGGCGGUAGCGGAGCGCGGAGCCGGCGGCGGGCAGCUCGCCAUGGCCGACCCGAGCCACAUACAGUCAGCCGCGUCCAAGAGCAUCCGUCCCUUCCGCUCCAGCGAGGAGUACCUGGAGGCCAUGAAGGAGGACCUGGCCGAGUGGUUCAACACUCUCUACGACCUGGACAUCCAGGUGGACACCUUCCUGGAGAGCUUGGAGACAGGCUGCCACCUCUGCCGACAUGCCAACAACGUCAACCGCAUCGCGCUGGACUUCCAGCAGCAGCACCCCGAGGUGGCUGCCCGUAUGCGUGUCCCCCAGAACGAGGUCAUCUUCCAGUCCAAGAACGUGGUGCCCGGUUCCUUCAUCGCCCGGGAUAACGUCUCCAACUUCAUCCAGUGGUGCCGGCAGGACCUCGGCAUCCAGGAUGUCCUCAUGUUCGAGACCAAUGACUUGGUGCUGAAGAAGAACGAGAAGAACUUUGUCCUCUGCUUGUUGGAGGUGGCCAGGAGGGGCUCCAAGUUUGGCAUGCUGGCCCCCAUGCUGAUCCAGAUGGAAGAGGAGAUCGAGGAGGAGAUGAGGGACCAAAUGGCCUACGGUGUGCUGGACACACGCCAGGAGAGCCGGGACCCCCAGGCGCCUGCCUACCCCAGCAGGGCCCGGCCUGUCACCCUCUGCGACCUGAGGAACCUGGACGAGCUGGUGCGGGAGAUCCUGGGCUGCUGCUCCUGCCCCUCCCAGUUCCCCAUGGUCAAGGUCUCCGAGGGUAAAUACAAAGUGGGCGACUCCAGCACGCUCAUCUUCGUCAGAGUGCUGAGAAGCCAUGUGAUGGUGCGUGUCGGCGGCGGCUGGGACACACUGGAACAUUACCUGGAUAAACAUGAUCCAUGUCGCUGCUCCUCCCUCUCUCACCGCCUGCCCCAGCCCCGUGCCCCAGGCUUCUCCCCGCAAAAAUCAGCUCCCGGCAGCUUCUCCCCUGCCCCUGGCGCCCCCAGCCCCGGUACCCCCCGACGCCCCCGUGCAGCCGGCGCCCCCUCGGGUGGGGGGGACGGCAGCCAUGUCAGGAUGGAGCGGGGCAGCCACCAGCCAAGGGGUGUCGGGGACACGGGCAUCCCGAAGCCACCAUCCAGCACCAAGCAGGAGGGUCUGCCCCCACGGGGGGGCUCAGCCCCUCUGCCCAGCUCUGCCAGCCAUUCAAGGAGCGCCGCUGAGCCACGGGCAGCUGGCACGCUCAGGCCCCGCGACCCCGCUCCCACUCGUGCCCGCCGCUGCUCGGGUGACAGCGACUCCUCUGCCUCCUCGGCACAGAGUGGCCCCCCGGGCACGCGGGACGGGGGUCCCCCCCGCCGCCGAGACCCCAGCCGGGGUGUCCCCCCGCAGCCUCCCCGCGACACCGGACCCUCCCCGGGUGGGCGAGCGGCUCCAGAGGAGCGUGGCCGCUCACGGGUGCCCAACGGGCCUGGCCGGACCCCGCCACGUGCCCGCAGCCAUGGCCACCCCAGCCCCCAGCCCCUGCUGCUCAUCAGCCGCCGGCGGGACGGGCAGCACUCCUGGGCGCGGGCAGAGCCCCCCUCCCGGGGCGGCAGCCCUGCCCGCAGCCGGACCCCCUCCCGCCAGGCCGCCCGCAGCCCCGCGCCCACCCCGCGCCGCUCCUCCUUGGAGGAGGGUGUUGGGGGGCAGCGGGUGGGGGUGCCUGGGGAAGCCCCCCAUGGUGGCGGGGCUGCGGAGGCCUUGCAGCGGGAGCUGGAGGAGCUGGUGCGGCGGCUGCGGGCCCCCCUGUGGCUGGAGCCCGGCCAGGAGCAGCAGCUUUUCCGCCGGCUGGAGGAGGAGUUCCUGGCCAACACAAGGAUGAUGGAGGAGCUGGAGGAUGGGGAGACCCCCACCGAUCUUCCACCACCGCCCCCCGGCACCGCAGCCGACUCGGCCUACUGCUCCUCCAGCUCCUCCUCAUCCUCCCUCAACGUCUUCGGCAAGCACGGCCUCCCUGCCGAGGACAGCCGGAGGAGCGGGAGCGGGAACGGGACCGGCCCCCCGCCACCGCCAGUGGUCCCCGAAAUGGCGGACGCAGGGCGCCGGCCGGCCCUCUCCAGCUCCUCUGAUGAGAGCAGCUGCUUCCCAGCCUCCUGGGAUGCCCGGGAGAUGCGGGGGGGCCCCGAGUCCGACACCGACUGGGCGCCGGGGGAGGAUGAGUUGACGGAGACAGAGGAGACCCCCGCUGUGGUGGACGGCCCGCCAGGGGUGCCGGGGGCCCCUGAGCCGGUGCCUUCCCCCCCCGCACCACCCCUCCGCCCCUGGGCCAAGCCCCGGCUGGACACGCAGCCCCACAAGAAGCCCUCCAGGAUCCCCACCCCACGGGGCUAUGGGGCAGCCCCACCCCAGCCCCUCACUGGCAGCCCCAAACCGGGGGAGCGCAAGCCCUGGGGCGCUCUGCAGAGCGUCCUUUCCUCCCUCCUGGAGCCCGCCUGGCUCCCGCGGGAGCACGAGGGGCUGGACGAGGACCCUUGGCCAUGAGACGCCCCACUCAGUGGCCAUGGGUGGCAGGCAGGCUGGAUAGAAGCCCCCAGCAAAACCCCGCCGGCGCCAUCGCAAAGCUGCUGCUGGGAAUGGCACCUGCACGGCGCGGCCCCGACCAGGUGAUGGCCAUGGGCGCAGGGUGCCGGAGAGCUGGGACGCCUUCACUUGGUGACUGUUGGCAGCCGGGUUGGGCUCUGCAGCGAGGCCCUGGCCCCGGGCGCACCCCCCCAGUCCCCAUGGAGAGCAGCUCCACGGGGGUGGCCAUGGCACGGUCGUGGUGGUGGCCAGAGCGGAGAGCUGCAUCCCAGCCGCCUGGGAACAGGGCUGGAAAGCAACCGGCGCGUCUUAUCUUUGUCUCUUCUCCUCCUCUUCUUCACCAUCUCUUUGUCAUCCUCUGUUCUUUGCUGCCUUCUCCUCUUGACACCUUCCUUUCAUAUCAUUUCUCCUCAUCUUGUUUUUCUUCUCUUCUUGGCCUUGGCUUCUUGUCAUUCUUUUCCUCUUCAAGUCCUUCUCCUCCACCUUCUCUUCUUGGCCACCUUCUCAUCAUGUCAUGUUCUCCUCUUGGCCUUCUCAUCUCCCCUUGUCGUCUCCUCGUCUUCUCUUCUUUUAGUCUUUGUCUCUUCUUCCUCUUUUCUUCUCUCUUCUUCUUUCUGUAUCUGAUGACUCGGGGACAUGCAGCUUAUUGUCACAACCUCUAUUUUGGGGCAGGGAGUGGUGGCGGGGGGGGGGCACUUGUUCCUCUACAGCCCCCUUCAGAUCCCGGCCAGCCACAACCAUGUCUGUAGCGUGUGUUGCUGUCCCCAAGGUGGGCCAGGGCUGUGUGUGGAGUCCCCUGCCCAGGCCACCACGCCCCCACCCCUCCAGCCUUGCACGUUCCCCUGAGCCAGUAAAGACCAACAGAGCUGAA